CAAGACUUCUACAUAAAAUCUAAGUCCUUUCUUCACUUUUUUUCCCAUCUUCUCAAAUUCUAUACACAGCCAAAUUUCUCUGUUAACUCUCACUACCCUCCUCUUCUCCACCACCGCCAUUUCCUCCGCCGUCAACCGCCACCAUGACAGGUAAAGGUGGCGCCACCCUCUCCGGCGGAAUAAUGAAGAAGAUAAUUAUUUCCUACUCCUACUUAGGAAUCUGGAUCGUCCUCUCUUCCGCAGUAAUUGUAUACAACAAAUAUAUUCUUGACAAAAAACUCUACAACUGGCCUUUCCCUAUUUCCCUUACAAUGAUUCACAUGGCCUUUUGUUCAUCACUAGCUUUCUUCCUCGUACGUAUCCUUAACUUUGUCGAACCUGUAACCUUGUCCCGCCACGUGUACUUUACAUGCGUACUCCCCAUUGGUGCACUCUACUCUCUUUCCUUAUGGCUCUCAAAUUCUGCUUACAUUUACCUCUCUGUUUCCUUCAUUCAAAUGCUUAAAGCCCUAAUGCCAGUUGCUGUUUACACCAUUGGAAUAUUGUUUAAAAAGGACACUUUCAAGAAUUCAACUAUGUGUAACAUGCUUGCUAUUUCAGUUGGUGUUGCUAUUGCUGCUUAUGGUGAAGCAAAAUAUGAUUCUUGGGGUGUUUUACUUCAGUUGCUAGCUGUUUUGGUUGAAGCAACAAGAUUGGUUAUGGUUCAAAUCUUGUUGAAUUCUAGGGGAAUUAGUUUUAACCCUAUAGCUACUUUAUACUAUGUUGCUCCUAGUUGUUUGGUUUUCUUGUCAAUUCCUUGGAUAUUUGUGGAGCUUCCAAUUUUGAGAGCAAGUAAUUCUUUCAAAUUUGAUUUUGUGAUUUUUGGUAGUAAUUCAUUAUGUGCAUUUGCAUUGAACUUGGCUGUAUUCUUGGUAGUGGGAAAGACUUCAGCUUUGACUAUGAAUAUUGGUGGGGUGGUUAAAGAUUGGCUGCUUAUUGCAUUUUCUUGGUCAGUGAUUAAGGAUACUGUAACUCCAGUGAACUUGAUUGGGUAUGGAUUGGCAUUCUUGGGAGUUGCAUAUUAUAAUCAUCAGAAAUUGCAAGCAUUGAAAGCAAAUGAAGUAGAGAAGAGGUCUCAGCAAGAAGAUGAGGAAAGUGGGAUAUUGUUGACUGAGAGAGAACAGAGUGGAUCAGGGAAGAAGGGUGAUUCACAAGACUAAAUUUGAAGUUUUGGUUGAUGAAAUUGGGAAUAUUGACAAAAGGGCAUGAGUGAUUAACUUUAUAUUAGUGGCAGGAAAACAAGGUUUGAAUAGGUGUUUUUUUAGAUGGCUUUUGCUCUUGGAUGAAAUAGGAUGAUAUGUUACUUUUUUUUUUGUUGUUGGAUAAAUUAGUUUUUUUCUUUCUUUCAUAUUUAAGAUUUUUGGGAUAUUCAAAGCUCUUAGCAGCUUUGAAUGCAAAUUAAAUUCAUAUAUUAUGGUUAGUGUUGAUAUUAUAGAUACAUCAAUAGCUGUUUCUAUAUUCUGCUACAAGAUUUUCAUUUUUCCUCUUCCUCCCUUCUGUAUGUGAGCUAGCUAUUUUUGCUAUCUGACUCUGUAGCUGCAAAGCCAAGUAACUAUGCAGUGUUUGAGUGGAACCUCUAGGGGAAAUAGCACUUAAAUUCAACAAGUUAUUUCCCUUUUCUCUUUAGAUUAGGUACA